CUCAGAGAUUGGAGGAUGCGUCCGAGGCCAACCAAUGGGAAUGGACCGAGUCAUCCCGCCCACGACUACUACUCCUGGAGUCCAGUCCACCCGCUCCAACUCGUCCAGCUCGAGAUGAUGGCGACGCUGAACCUGGAGCCCGCGGGCCGCAGCUGCUGGGACGAGCCGCUGAGCAUCGCCGUGCGCGGCCUGGCCCCCGAGCAGCCCGUCACGCUGCGCGCCGCCCUGCGCGACGAGAAAGGCGCGCUCUUCCGGUCCCACGCGCGCUACCGCGCCGACCCCCACGGCGAGCUGGACCUGGCGCGCGCGCCCGCGCUGGGCGGCAGCUUCGCGGGGCUCGAGCCCAUGGGGCUGCUCUGGGCCAUGGAGCCCGAUCGACCGCUCUGGCGUCUGAUCAAGCGCGACGUGCAGACGCCCUUCGUGGUGGAGCUGGAGGUGCUGGACGGCCACGAGCCCGACGGCGGGCGGCUGCUGGCGCGGGCGGUGCACGAGCGUCACUUCAUGGCUCCCGGGGUGCGGCGCGUGCCCGUGCGCGAGGGCCGUGUGCGCGCCACGCUCUUCCUGCCUGCAGAACCUGGGCCCUAUCCUGGGAUCGUGGACCUUUUCGGAGUUGGAGGUGGCCUUCUGGAGUACCGAGCAAGUCUUCUGGCUGGGAGGGGUUUUGCUGUCUUGGCUCUGGCUUAUUAUAACUACGAUGACCUCCCCAAAAGCAUGGAUGCCAUGCGCAUGGAGUACUUUGAAGAAGCCGUGAACUACCUGCUCAGUCACCCUGAGGUGAAAGGUCCAGGAAUUGGGCUGCUUGGGAUUUCCAAAGGGGGUGAACUUGGCCUUGCUAUGGCCUCCUUCCUGAAGGGCAUCAAGGCUGCUGUCUUCAUCAAUGGCUCUGUGGCCGCUGUUGGGAACACCAUAUACUACAAAGAUGAGACUAUCCCUCCUGUGUCUCUUCUGAGAGAUCGAAUCAAAGUGUCCAAAGAUGGCCUUUUGGAUGUUGUGGAAGGACUUCAAAGCCCUUUGGUAGACACGAAGAGCUUCAUCCCUGUGGAAAGGUCUGACACCACCUUCCUGUUCCUUGUGGGUCAGGAUGACCACAACUGGAAGAGCGAGUUCUAUGCCAAUGAGAUCUCCAAACGCUUGCAGGCCCAUGGGAAGGAGAAGCCCCAGAUCCUCUUAUACCCAGAAGCAGGGCACUAUAUUGAGCCCCCUUACUUCCCCCUGUGCAAGGCUGGCAUGCAUGUCCUGGUGGGUACUAAUAUCAUCUUUGGAGGGGAGCCUAAGCCUCAUGCCAUGGCCCAGGUGGAUGCGUGGCAGCAACUCCAGACUUUCUUCCACAAACACCUGGGUAGUAAGAAUUAGGGGUUUACAGGCUGGAGAGAUGGCUCAGCCAUUAAAGGCUAGGCUCACAAACAAAAAUAUAAGAUUUAGGGGGUGACUCCUCAAAUAUUAUCCAUUGUCUGAUUGUUUGGGGGGGAAAGUUCAAACACAUUGUAAGAACAUCAGUUAAGAUUACUUUAUCUAUGCUGGGCGGUGGUGCCACACACCUUUAAUCCCAGCACUCGGGAGGCAGAGGCAGGCUGAUCUCUGUGAGUUUGAGGCCAGCCUGAUCUACAAGAGCUAGUUCCAGGACAGGCUCCAAAGCGACAGAGAAACCCUGUCACAAAAAAAUAAAACAAAAAAAAUUAAUUUAUCUAAACAGUGCUGAACAUAGUGCUUAUGCAAGGCUAGAAAUGUGGUUCAGUGGUAGAGUACUCUACUGUCUUGUGAAGUCUCUGGGUUCAAUCCCAAGUACUCUAGGAAAACAGGCAAAUGUUUUAUGGAGACUGUACAUAUUCAAGAAAUUGUGCUCAGAAUAAAAAGAACACCAUGAGCAGCCA